AUGUCGCCAGCUCCGGAGAGGCUCCAGUCUUCCUCCAUGUCUGCUCCACCCGAUGCCUCCGCCAGUCCGGCUGCUUCUGGCGCGCCGCCUGUGAAACGCCGUGCCCCAAUUGCCUGCCGGAGCGUCUUUCCCAGCCGAGGAGACUCGGACGCGGACCGCCUGUUUCGACAUCCUCGCCAAAGGGCAGAUAGGAGAUCCAGAGGUGAGAUUAUCAAGGUCAAGAGCGAGGCACCAGUCUCGCCAGGCUUUGUCCACAAUGCGCUCUCCAACGCCGAGCCCCCCAAGCUGGCCGACGAGUGGGAUCUGCUCCCGAGCCUCGACAUAGUCAUCGACGGCAUCGACACCUUCACCCGCCACUUCUAUCAACUAGGCUUCAUCCAUAAAAAGAUGUUCAUGCAAACGCUGAGAGAGACUCCAGAGACUCUUAGCGUCUUCUUGCUCUUAAGCAUGCUGUGCAUUGCCGCGAGGUUCAACGAUAGUUUCAUCAAGAUGUAUGGCGACGGACUCCAGGCCGUCACGGAGCUCAUGCAGAAUGCCCAGCGGAUGGCCCUCAAGGAACUUUACCUGGAGCCGACGCUCGAGAGAUGUCAGGCUUUCUAUAUACUAAGCAUAGCGGAACAGGGAAGUGGAAAGUCAAAUACGAGCUAUAUCAGCUCCGGCAUAGCAUUCAGAAUGGCAGCGCUCAUGCGACUCCAUCGAGAAGAGGCGUAUAGCCCCAUUACGGCGGAUUCGCCUAUCGCGCACAGGAUACGGGCCGAGUCUGCUAGACGCACUUUUUGGAUGUUGCACAGCCAGGACAACCUGCAUUCUGGCCCCUAUAAACCAGUUUCAAUAGCUGCCAGUGACAUAACCGCUCUUCUCCCGUCUGACGAAGCCGACUUCGAAGCCGGGCGGAUUCCGGCCCAGCGCGCAGCCCUCGAAGGGACACCGCCGGCCAUUCAAGAUCCCAAUCUAGUCUCCCUCAAGCCGAGGCCCCUGUUCGCAUCUCUAAUGCAAGUACACAACUUCUGGGGGGUAAUAGCGCGACGCAUUCUCUGCAAUGAGAAGGACUGGCAGCCGAAUGAUGAAGAUAGCGACUUUGCGAAGCUGGACCGCCGACUCAACGACUGGGAGAGGAAUCUUCCGUCUGAACAUGCUUUCGGCAAGAUCCUCCUGGGCGGCUAUAGACAUUACGCGGAGGACCUGGCCUAUCUGAGUUGCACUGGGACUCUUCGACUUUGUCACAUUGUCUUGCGCAAGGCUUAUCUGGACGAGAUGAUUCGACACGCCCACCGCAAUCCCGCAGACCCUGAGGCCAAGUUCUAUCAGAAUAUGGCGGCCGACCUCUUCUGCAAUGUCAGAUUGCUGCAUGAGCAGCUCGAUGCUCAUUUUGAAGACGGCACUCCCGUCGAAAGUCUGGGUUCACAGAUGGCAGCAUUCGUUACGUACAGCUGUGGCUUGUUGGCGUCGUACCUGUGCAAGUUCCCUCAAUUGGAUGCCCAACACGUCGGCAACAACUUGCAAGCGGCUCAGGCCGAAGGCCGGAUGAUGUACUUGCGCAGUCUGGGAAUAUUACGAGCAUACCAGCACAUAUGGCCCCUGGCCGAGACGUGGUGCAACGGCCUAGAGAAGUGGUUCAAAGAUUCGAACCCAAAGCGGAUAUCAUUCCAGGCCGGCACCAUGACCGACGGCAAGGAACCUCAGCCGUAUGCUCUAGGUGCUAUGCACCCCCGGGUAACCACGCCCGCAUGUCACACCGCGGGCGUCAACAAGAAGUUCCACACGGCGCGCUCCAAAACGCAGCAACGCUCGACGGCCGAGAAGGCCGAGGCUCCGCGACUCGCGCCGCUGCAGAACACGCAGUCCAACUACGUCGAGCCCGUCUGUCUGCCACCCCUGUCGCAGGCGCAAUACGCGGCGCAUAACCCGCAGCCGCAGCCGCAGCCGACGCCGUCUCAAGCCCAACCUCGCGCUCGAUCCCAAGCCCAAAACCAUACUCGGUCCCAAUCCCAAUCCCAAUCCCAAGCCCAAGCCCAAGCCCAAGCACAAGCACACCCACCACAGCAACCGCAACCUCAACCGCAGCAAUCACAACAGCACUACCAGCCACAGCAGCCUCAGACCGUCUACCCCAACUCAGGCCUCGAGAUGCUGAUCGAGGCCUCGGCGCAUCAGACGCCGCCGGCCGCCAUGGACGCCUACAACCCGCACGCGUUCUACGUGGACCAGGGUGCAGCGGCCGAGUACGCGCUCAACGACGGCUUUGAUAGUAAUCUGCAGGUGCUGGUCGACGGUGGCGCGCAGUGGACGGCGACGGAUGCCACGACGGCGAUUUAUAGUCCUUAUGGGUACGGUAAUAUAUGUGGCUGA